UUGAAACUACGGACCCCUAAAACAAUCUGACAGCGCGCCGGCAUUUGCUGAUCUUUGCUAGAGUCCCUUGACACCCUAUCUUCGCAGCAGAAGCACUGCUUCCCUAUCCCCACCUCUCGCUGGUUAACGGACUGUGGGUAUGGCGUCCCCACGCGGUUGCAGGGACCGAGAACUGAGCUCAAGCCGAUAUCACCUAAUGCUGCUCAAAACCCCAGCACCCCGCAGAUUUUGAUGUCAGUCUGCCGAGUUUCGGGAUUACGCAGGGAAAUAUAAUAAUGCGUCGUUUACCGGUGAAAUGCGCAGAAAUGGGCAGUGGAGGGUUGAACCUAAUUGGAGCCCUACGCGCCAAGACGCUGGUUUGCGAAGGUGGAGCCCCUUUGCCGCAGCCCCAGGAAGAGAUCUACAUAGUUAACUUACAUUUGCCGCGUUUUGUACGGAGUAUUCGGCCCACAAAGGUCACAACAUCCUCCAACCAGGAAUUUUCUCAAAUGUCCUUCCUUCCUGUAUCAUAAGGGAGCAGCGAACUCAUCCGACAGAUUCAUUGGGAAGAAAAAGAAAAUUGCCCACAGAAGACUCAAUCAACACCGCCUCCCGAGUAACUAUGUACAGUACAUAAUUGAACGAAAGUUAUGGCGAUGGGGAAAUCCGGGCAUUAGUUAUGCAUUUAUUUCGUCCAUAGUGGUACGCUUGGGAAAUGGCGGCGUCCCACGAAAUCCGCUCCAAAACGUUUCCCUACGACAUCACCAGAACCUCUCUAAAACUCAGUCCCAGUGCUUUACUGGCUCAUAGGAAUCAACAGCCCAAAUCCCUUGAUGGUGGGUGGUGGGUGCGAUGGCCAGCGCCAGCCAAAGUACAUGCGCGUGGUCAUCAUUAUUUAUCUCCGGUCUCCCAGUCCGACGCCAUCCCCGUAUCUGGACGGCGUGACAUAAGUAUGACGGCGAACUCCUCUGAAAAUGGACGAUGGCACAGAACCUCGCCGUCUCCUCGAGAACUAGAAAAGCUAGCAACCAUAUUUGAAACUGGUGCGGCGGAUACUUGGAAAAGGCUCCACGGCAGAGACUGGAGAACGUCGGGUGGCUCCCGUUAUUAA